UGAUUAAAGAAAGAGAUGACUAUUAUCUUAAUGCUAUGCACACACUUCAAUACUUCAAUAAUCUAAAAAUUUCUGUAUAUGAUACACAUCUUCCUUCUCUUUCCUCUGAUGAUCACUCAAGACGAUGUUGUAAAUUAUGUGGUAAAUACUUCUCUAUAAUAGUCAUGCUUGCAAAAUACAAAAAAGCUAUUCAUUUCAGUACACAAACUCGACGUUUAGAACAGUGA